UACAAACAAAUUUUAAAACAUUCUUGGCGUCAUAUAAAUAAGGACUUUCAGAGACAUGGUUGUCUUAGAAGUACACACCAGGGCUAUUAAAGUUAAAUAUAAGUCGUUUCUACUAUCCAAAGCUACAUUUAUUGCUGUUUUUUGCCAUGUAGUGUCAGUGAUUUUGCCAUUUAUUUUGUGCUACAGUUCUAAAGGAUUUUGGAAAAAACAUGACAUCAGCUAUCAUCAACCAAACGUAAAAGUACAAGGUGAUUACUUAUUUAUAGCAACAACAAAUGAUGAUCUUAAACCAAUAAGUUGUAGCACAUAUCCUCAAUACAAUAAAUAUGUGAAGUCUUUUGAUGCUUGUUCGAGUAUAAAGAUUCGUGAAUCGGACCAGAAUUUGGAUGGGAAAGCUGACUCCCUUUAUUUCCAAUUAAGUGCCAAAUUUUUACAAAACAUUAAAGUAACUUCAAUGAAUAUUGUGAUUCCAAUUAAUAUUACUCUUCAGGAACCAUGUUUCUUCCAUAUGCAAACGGCAAUAAUGUUUCAAUAUAAUUUUGCAUUCUCAUCUAAAAUAUCGGUAUAUGGAGAACUGGAUCUGCUUCAAACAAAGCCAAUCGAGUGUGCAAAUUAUGUAAAAGCUAAGAAUAAAUAUAAUCGCAUUAUUGAAGACUACCAAGAUUUCAAUAGUUAUUCCCUAGAGAGUAUUGUUUCCAAACUGGCCGAAAAUUUUGUGAAGCCUCAUCUAAAGAACACACUAAUAACAUUUGACCUGACAAAAGAUGAGACAUUCUCUGCAACCUUCCAUAUAAAAUAUGGACAGCAAGGAAUUUUAUACAAACCAGGAUUCUGGCAAAUUCUAAAAUUUGCUUGGAUCCAGUACCUUUCCAUCUACAUCAUAGUAUAUAAAGUAAUUUUUGAAAUAAAACGCUACAUAUUCGAAAACAAUUUGGUAUUAUUGUAUGAGGACAAAUCGAACAUAAAUAAAUAACUCCAAA